AUGAGUUCUAUCCCAGUAAGUAGUCAAAAUGCAAAUCCAUUAUUAUAUACACUUAGAAAUUAUAAUGUUGGUAUUCAACCAUAUUGGGUAAUAAUUACACAAUUUUUCGUAUUUGAAGUAUCUCUACGUACUUGGGAUAGAGUAGUAUAUGGAACAUGGCAAUUACCAAUUGAAUAUGCAAUUGAGGAGUUUGACGGCAAAAAGAAACCAUUUGUAGGUGGUCGACCACCGAAAAGACGUCCGAAUCCGGGUCCGGUUUCCCCUUCUAAUGGUUAUACUGUUUCAACUGUGUUCGUUGUCCAACCAUGGUUUACUAAGAAAGCUCAAGUACCAACUGAAACAAAACCAAAACCAAAAGUACCAAAACUUGAUUUAUUUGAUCUUGUUUUCUCCGUUUUACCACUACUUGGACAUACUAUAUGGUUUUGUGUUAUUCAAUCAUCAUGUUUAUCUGCUGACAGUGCUACUGUAUGGACUUGUUAUAAUAUAUUUGGUUAUAGAUUAUACAAUUAUAUAUUUGAUCGAUAUGUUUCUUUUGCAAAUAAUUUCAUUACCAAACUAUAUAUAAUGCGCAAAUACAAGAAGUUUCGUCGAGAACAUGGAAUUGUACGCGAGAAAACAUGGAAAACGACAUUAAGACGCAUUGUACAAUCUAUAACUCUUAGUAUUUCAUCAGUAACAUUUGUAUUCUCUGGAGCUCUAUUACUUCCAUAUAUGCUCACUAAUGCUAUUCCAAUGAUAUUCGCUUAUGCAUUCUUAGUAGUCGUCUAUACAUAUCUUGUUACAGUUGUUGUUUUCUUACAUGAACGUUUCACAUAUGCCAAAGCAUAUAUACGUAAUCAUCGAAAACCAAUUUCUUCUAAAUCAUUAUCAGAUGAGAUUUACAAAAAACGAAAGUUGGCUUUUAGUGCUGGUAUGCGAUUAUUGCCAACACUAAUAACAUUCAUAUUCAAUUUAUCUCAAUUUAUAUAUUUUGGACAAGGUUAUUGGCAAUCACUUCAAGCUGACGCCGAAUCAAGAGAACCUUCUGAUUACAAUUCUAGAGUUGCUCAAUCACCAGAUCAAAUAGCUCAUACAAUAUUAUCUACUUUAUAA